UUUCUUUAUCAGGAUUAAUCGUUAAUUAAACAUUUAUCUGAAAUGGCAAACUGUAAAACAGUUCAAGAUGUCAAGCAUUGGUUGCAUAGCAAUGUUUUCCAUCCUAGAAAAGAACGAAUUUUAGGUUUUAUACAGGUUUCUAAAACUGAACCAAGUAACAAUCCAUUUAAAAAGAAAGAAAAUCGACACUAUCUUUGCUUGUAUGUUACAUCUUCAAGACCAUAUCAAGCUUUUAUAGAAAGAUUUAUCAAAUCUGAAGAUGGAGCAAGUUUUGAAAAAAGAAGGCACUGGUGUUUGGAGGAGUUAACUAAAGUCGAUGGAAAAGGAGAAAAGUCUAACAACUUGGAAUUAUGGUUUGAAGGUGAAUUCAAGUUUGAAGCUUCCAAUUCUCAGGAGAAAUCCAAAUUCAUUUCUGAUGUUGCAGAUGCAUGUAAAAAGUAUCUUGAUAAAGCUCCACCUGAAUUCGUGAAUGUUGAUUCAAAAACUAAUCAAGUAAUUGAAAAAGCUGCGUCAGAUAUUUCACAGUUACAAAAGACGAGACAAGAACUUGGAGAACGAGGUGAAAAGUUAAAUGAUCUUGACGUGAAAACUGCUGAAAUGGCUCACAGUGCUGAAAAAUUUGCUGAAAAUGCCUCUAAGCUUGCUGAUAAAUAUCAAUAACUGUUUCGUAAUUUGCGCUAAGGGAAGAUGCAAUAUAGAACAACUGAUAUCGUUAAAAUGAUUUUGGCUAUUGUUUCAACUUAACUCGUUAAAAAUGGUGAAUAUGUUAUUGCAAUUUUAUUUUAUUUUUACGCAGCGCUGCCUUAUUUCUUACUGGAAGAUAUAUCACCUUAUUGAUAAUUAGGUAUUUUCCUCAAAUAACACACCAGCUAGAUUAUUAAAAAAAUAGUUCGAACUAUACUUAAAUUUUAUGCUCAAUGUAAACAAUGAUACUUAGAGAUUCCAUGCCAAGGCCCUGAACCAGCAUUUCUUCUGGCUUUUGCAAAAUUUUGUGGGUCGAAUCUGAAGAUUUUAGUCUUUUGGAAAUUUUGUGGCUUCCUGGAAGUGGCUCCUUUUUGAAUGGAUAUUUUCUAAUUUCUAUAGAUGAUAAUUAAGAAUAUUAAACCAUACAGGCACCAAACUUUUUUUAUUUUUGUGUUUUCUAAACAAUAGUGUGAAGUGAAUUCCUAAAAAUAUUUUCGAUAUGUUAGUAUUCUAAACUUAUUAUUUGACAAAUAACUAACAAAUGGUGUACUUACAUUCAGGUGUUAUAUAUUUUUCUAUUGAAACAAUGUUAAUUCUCUUUUGUAUUAUAUAUAUAUAAUAUAUAUUUAGUGUUAUAAAAAUUAUCAAAGUGUCAAACGAUAUAUAUGUCUUUUGUGUAAAAAGUGCAUGGUGAAAAAGAAAUUUGGUUUUGUAAGACAUUGUAAUUGAGAAGAUGUUUUUCAACUUAAUUUUAGUUUUGAUAUUGUUCAUUUUCUUUUUAAUCUUAUGUGGUCAUCAAGAUAGUAAUUUUUCAUAUAAUGCUUAUUAGUAUCGCCGCAAUUUGCCUGAUUUUUUUACCGAAAUAUCCUAUUAAAUAUUUUAGGUGGCGAACAAAAUAUAUUUUGAUAUACGUUACUUUUAACGUAAUUGAGAGCAAUAAUCAAAAAUUUAUUAUUCAUCUUUCGCUGUUGGAAUUUUAUUACAAGGUCCUUUUUUCAGUUUUUGUUGUAUGUGAAGUCAAUUCCAAUCUUUUUAGUCUUUGUUAAGGUUGAUGGUAAAUUCACAUAAUUUGCACUGUUUAUGUUGGACUUGGAGGUUGCAAAUCUUACACCUAAAAAUCCCUUGUUUAUGUGAAGAAUAAGUCUGUUUAUCCGGUCUUAACCGCUUAAACACAGUUGCAACUGUUACAACAAACUGUUACAAAAUAUUUUGAUCAUAUAUUUUGGGGAGGUUAUGAAAUAUUAUUUGAAAAUUUGAAAUACCCAAUUUUUCCUGCGUCUGAAUUGUACUUGUUCAGAAUUAGGUUCAGAUAAAAAGAGUGAAGCUUUUCAGAAACGCAGUUUUCUUUUUACUAUGAAGCAAAUUUGAAAAUAGAUUUAUACUGUUGUUUUGUUGACUCAAAUUUUGAACUAUAUAAAUGCAUGCAAUCAAUAAUAAUGAAGCACAUUCAAAUUUUUUUCAUUCAUUAUGAUUCAUUGCAAUUGAUUUAUAUUUGUAACUAUUUAGUACUGCUAUCGAUACACUCUAUGAUGAUACAUUAUGAUGCACUAGUCAUCUUUGUAUAGGUUUUCUGAGAUUUUGAGAGCAAUUCGAUAUCCUAGAAUAUUUAUUGUUACAAAUUUUAACUCUGUCUUGUUUUGUGCCCCUAAAAAAUUUUAAAGGAAUUUUUCGUUGUUGCAUUUAUAUAUCCCGAAGUAACAAAAUGAAUCGAAUAUUUAGAUUUAUAUUAAUGCAAUUGGGUACAACGAAUUUCCAAUUUCAUAUAGUACUUUAAAAAUCAUGGUUAUAAUAUAGAUAACUACUGUGAAAGUAGGUUUUGUUUCAGUUCUAUUUCUUUACAUAUAUGUUCUUUUUGAUUUAUUCGAAAAAGGUUGACCUAGCUAAAAAUGUAUUAUAAAUCCGAUCUUGCCUUCUUAAUUAAACCAUAUUAUAAAAAUGUUGCCUAUUUACUUAUUGACAUUUAUGCCUUAUCAAAAUGAAACUUUAUAUAAGAAUUUUAUUCAUAUAAAUUUGAACUUUUCAUUGAAGUGGUAUCCAAAUCUGGGUUUUGUAUUUUGCUUGCCAUUUCGUUUUAUACAAAGUUAUUUGUACUAAAGAACAAUUGUUAUCAAAGGAUCAAAGUUUACCCAAAGAUCAGUUAAAUUUCCUCAGUUUCUAAUGCCCUAACCUGAAGCCAUUGACCAUUCUUGCGACAAAUAUCAUUCUAAAAAUUUUAUCCAAUAGCCAUAAGAUAAUCAAUACAUACUUGUGCAGUAUUCAAAAAUUGAAAGAUUUAUUUGUAUAAUAAUAAGUGUUAAAUUUUUCUAUCCCUUUUUGCAAUUGUUUCAUCUAGCCAUCGCUAUAUUAUUAUUAUUAUAUGAAAAAUUUUAGAUGUAGGCUUACAUUGUAACAAUCUAAUUUCAUACAGUACCAUGGUACUUUCUAAUAUUGUUAUCAUUUAAUAAAAUAGAGUACUUUCACUCAUCAUUAAUUAUGAUACAUAGCUUUUGUCCACCCAUACAAGAAGAAAAUAAUACACUUGCCAAAAGUUAUUUUAUACAGAAAUCAUCUUUAUGUUACAAAAGCUUAGAAACAACCCAAAUACUAUCAAAUGUAAAAAUAAAUGUUUUCUGUAAGACAGUUGAAUACUAUAUCUAAACGGUGCAUUAUAGUAUAAAUACGUUUAGCUCUAUUAGUGUAAGCAAAAUCUCAAUAUUCAUUAAACCAAGUAUUUUAUUGAUAUGCACCAAAGAUUUGGGUAGUUUAAAAAUUUAACCAUGUCAACUGUUUAUAUUGUUUUGUGUAAUACCUUUUAAUCUGAAUGAUCCACUAUUUUCUGUAG